AUGACACCAGCCGGCGCAAGUCUGUGCACUACAAAGAAACCAAGGUCCGGUCGGAAGAACUCGCCUAGGCCUCCGAAUGGCGACGCUCCUGGGCUCGAGAAAUCAGACUCGCCUUUGAAGCCUCAUGUAGGAUCAACCUGGCGUCCGAUUGACAGUUCGCGGUUGAACCUUCGCCAUCAGUUUACAAGCAAUCAAAUCGGCAGCUCACCGCCAACAUCCCUGGCUCAAGAUGUCCUGCAUAUUCGCUCAAAUCAGAUAGAUAAGCGCAAGGAUAUCCAAAGCUCUCCAGAAAUCAUUGGCCCUCCAAAACCACCAGGGCCGGAAGACUGUUGCAUGUCAGGUUGCGCAACCUGUGUAUAUGACAUCUACGCCCAGGAAACAGAAGAAUAUGUGAAGUCCUUGAAGCAAAGAAACGAUCUCAAUCAAAGCCAGGAUACCACCAGCAAGAGUCAGGAGACAACGAUGAACUUGACCGAGGAAAUAGACGAUCAAGUGAUUUUAAAUAAUAGUCUUAAGGUCUUCGCCCGAUUCGAAAAAACUCGACAUCGGUAA